AUGGAGACAAGCUACGGUGGCAUCUAUUCUCCAACCAGCCGCACGUUUGUCUUGUGUCCAAACCUCCUGAUUGACGGGGACCAACUCCACGCUCGCUGCUUAAAGAUGACUGAAAACACACACCCAUCCUUGAGCCUUUAUCUUUCGAUAUCUAAUGGUGAAAGGAAUUCAAUACUUAUACAAAUUCAGAGAUUUCCAUCAUUUUUCAAACCCAUCCUUGCACUUUUUGUUCACUUCCUCAUUUACAUCUACUUUUGA